UUGUGUCCUCAGUGGGCGGGAGAAUAACGUCUGCCAGGCGAUUGCUGGCUAUGCUGAGGCAUGUCAGGAAGCUGGAGCUAUGGUGCAUCCUUGGAGGACCAUGAAAUUCUGCUCUCCUUCCUGUCCCCCGAACAGUCACUAUGAAUUCUGCAGCAGCAGCUGUGAUCUGACAUGCAGCAGCCUCUAUGCCCCGGUGCAAUGCACGAUCCAGUGUAAGGAAGGCUGCGUGUGUGAUGAGGGCUUUGUUCUCAGUGGUGACCUCUGUGUCCCCUUUUCCCAGUGCGGAUGCCUCCACAGGGGAAUUUACUACCAGGCUGGAGAGACCUUCCACCCGAGUGGUUCAUGCGAAGAGCAGUGUGUGUGUCAGGCUGGUGGGGAGGUUGUGUGUAAGGCAUUCUCCUGCGGCUCUGGUGAGCAAUGCAGGGUGGUGGACGGUGUCCAGAAAUGCCACCCAUUUGGAUCUGCGACCUGUUCUGCCUCUGGCCAGUCCCACUACCUCUCUUUCGACGGGGUCCCCUUUGACUUCCAAGGCACCUGCACCUACAUCCUGGCCAAGACCUGCACUGAUGCCAGCCACCUUACACCAUUCACUAUCAGCGUAGAGAAAGAAUCCUGGGGCAGCGGGAACAUCUCCAUGGCCAAGCUGGUGUCCAUUCAGGUGUAUGGGAUCACACUCACCCUGCUGCAAAACAAACAGGGGCUCGUCAUGGUGAACAGCAUGUCCCACAACCUCCCAGUGAUUGUGGCUGAUGGGCGACUUAGAGCGUAUCAACAUGGCACAAACAUUCUGGUGCAAACCAACUUCGGCCUCACUGUGAGCUACGACUUGGUUUACCAGACCAGGGUCACUAUCUCAGAGAGCUACGAGGGCGAGACGUGCGGCCUGUGCGGGAACUACAACGGACAGGAAGAUGAGGAGUUCCUGCUCCCUGAUGGCAGGACAGUCCCUGAUGCGGCAGCAUUUGGCUCUGCUUGGGAAGUCCAGAUCCCAGGAGCAUCCUGUACAGACAGAUGUGCUGGAAACAGCUGUCCAGUUUGCGAAGAGAAGAAGAAGGAGGUCUUCAAAUGGCACAACUCCUGUGAGCUGCUCACAGACCCCGACGGCCCCUUUGCGGCCUGCCAUGGCACGGUUAGCCCCAGUGUGUAUCAGAGCAACUGCCUGUAUGAUCUGUGCCUGGGCAAUGGGGAUGCACAGGUUCUGUGCCACAGCAUCCACAGCUACGUAACGGCCUGCCAAGAGGCCGGGGCCCCCAUCCUGCCGUGGAGGAACACCACCUUCUGCCCUGUGAGCUGCCCAGUCAACAGCCACUAUGAGGUCUGCACCGACGUCUGCACCAUCACCUGCUCUGGAGACAUCAUGGACUGCCCGGAGACCUGUGCUGAAGGCUGCCAGUGUGACGAUGGCUUCUUCUUCGAUGGCCAGGGCUGUGUGACUGGAGAAAGCUGUGGGUGCUUUGAGAGUGGGAGAUAUUACAAGCCCAAUGAGACGGUCCUGAUGAACGAGUGUCAGCAAAGCUGCACCUGCGUUCCUGCUCGAGGGGUGACUUGUAAAGCCCACAGCUGCUCCCGAGAAGACAUCUGCCAGAUUAGAGAUGGCGUCAGGGCCUGUAUCAGCAAAGUUAUUCCAUCCUGCAGUGUGGUUCGCUGCAGAGAAGGAACUAUUUGCAAGAUGAUAAAUGGGCAGCCAGAGUGUGUGCCAGUCUCUCAGGCCACAUGCUGGGCUGGGGGUUACUUGCAUUACCACACCUUCGAUGGACGGGCGUAUGAUUUCCACGGCACCUGCAACUACAUUGUGGCCAAGACCUGUAGAGAUGACUCUGUCCUGCCCUCCUUCCAUGUCAUGGCCAAGAUCGAGAACAGUGGGAACACACAGGUCUUCUACAUUUGGUCGGUAACUGUCCAGGUGGAUGGAGUCACCGUCACAGCAGCCAGUGCUGAGGUCGGCUUUGUGGGGGUGAAUAACACUAGGGCCCACUUACCCAUCUACCUCAACAACGGGGCCCUUCGGAUCUAUCAGAGCGGCACCUCCCUCAUCCUCCGCACAAAUUUCAACCUCAGCGUGUACUAUGACUGGAACAACCAUCUGAGGGUCACUGUCCCCAGGGUCUUCUCCAACAGCCUGUGCGGCCUGUGUGGCAACUAUAAUGAGGACCUCUCUGAUGACUUCCAGAUCCCAGAUGGGGACCUGGCUUCCAGUGUCACCGCCCUGGGGAAAAGCUGGGCAGUGGAAGAUGAGGAUCAGUUUUGCUGGCACGAUUGCAUUGGAGGUUGUAAGCCCUGUGCCACCAGCAUAGCCAGAAAGUACAAGGAGGAGGCCUCAUGCGGCCUGAUAACCAAGGUCUCUGAUGGGCCCUUCAGUCAGUGCCACACCAAGGUGGAUCCUACAGUCUACUUGGACAACUGCGUAUACGAUCUGUGCCACAACGACGGCUACAGAAAGGCCCUGUGUGAGGCCCUGAAGGCCUACGCGGAUGCCUGCCAGCUGGAGGGGGUCAGGAUUGGGGAAUGGAGGCAGCUGGCCAGAUGCCCCCUGGAGUGCCCCCUGGAGAACAGCCAGUACCAGCUCUGUGGAACAGCCUGCCCAGCCACGUGUGUGGACAAGUCAGCCCCCAGCAGCUGCCAAGACCCCUGUGUGGAAAGCUGCCAGUGCAAGAAUGGUUUUGUGCUGAGCCAGGGCAAAUGCAUACCCAUGGGUGACUGUGGAUGUCUGUUUGAGGGGCGCCCGUAUGCCCCCAAUGAGAGUUUCUGGGUCGAUGAGGCAUGUGGGACACGGUGCAUAUGCAACGCAGCCACUAGACAAGUCGAAUGCGUGGCCGCCACGUGCAAACAAUCAGAGAGAUGUGGGCUAGUGAACGGUGUACGGGGCUGUUACCCCUCCAGCUACGCCACCUGCUCUGUGACAAGAAAUCUGCAUUAUGCCACCUUUGAUGGACAGAGAUACGACUUCCAAGGCACCUGCCUCUACCAGCUCACGGCUCUGUGCAAGAAGACGGAGGGACUGGUGGACUUUGAAGUCUACUUCCAGGAGAACAAUACCGCUCCUGUACAGAUCAAGGUGUAUCAGACCAACCUCAGGGUCAGCAAUCAAUUCCCUGGGAAAGUCCUGGUGAACAGUUUCCUGAUGAAUCUUCCCUUCAACCUCAUUGAUAAGAAAAUCACUGUGUAUAGAAAUGGCUGGGCCACAGUGAUCCAGGCAGACUUUGGCCUCACAGUUACCUUUGCCGGGUGGUCAGGACGCACCACGGUGACUCUGCCAGUCACCUACGCGGGAGCCAUGUGUGGUCUGUGUGGCAACUUCAACAGUGACAGGGAUGAUGACAUGCUCAUGAGGGAUGGCACGCUGGCACCAAGCCCCCUCAGCUUUGGCCAGAGCUGGAAGGUGGGCGACCUCCCGGGAUGCUCUGCAGUAAUGAUGCCACCAUGUGCAAGGGUAGAGGCUAUUGAAAAAGAACAACAAGGUAGCAGAGGGCAGUGUGGGAUCAUCCUUCACAAGAGUGGCCCCUUCACUGGAUGUCACAGCAAUGUAGACCCUCAUGGAUACUUCGUAGACUGUGUACACGGCUAUUGCGUCCUCAGUGGGCGGGAGAAUAACGUCUGCCAGGCCGUUGCUGGCUAUGCUGAGGCAUGUCAGGAAGCUGGAGCUAUGGUGCAUCCCUGGAGGACUACGAAAUUCUGCUCUCCAUCCUGUCCCCCGAACAGUCACUAUGAAUUCUGCAGCACCAGCUGCGAUCUGACAUGCAGCAACCUCUAUGCCCCGGUGCAAUGCACAACCCGGUGUAAGGAAGGCUGCGUGUGUGACGAGGGCUUUGUUCUCAGUGGUGACCGCUGCGUCCCCAUUUCCCAGUGCGGAUGCCUCCACUGGGGACUUUACUACCAGGCUGCAGAGACCUUCCACCCAAGCGGUUCAUGCGAGGAGCAGUGUGUGUGUCAGGCUGGUGGGGAGGUUGUGUGUAAGGCAUUCUCCUGCGGUGCUGGUGAGGAAUGCAGGAUGGUGGACGGUGUCCAGAAAUGCCACCCAUUUGGAUCUGCGACCUGUUCUGCCUCUGGCCAUCCCCACUACCUCUCUUUCGACGGGGUCCACUUUGAUUUCCAAGGAACCUGCACCUAUAUCUUGGCCAAGACUUGCACUGAUGCCAGCCAUCUUACACCAUUCACUAUCAGCAUAGAGAAAGAAUCCUGGGGCAGUGGGAACAUCUCCAUGGCCAAGCUGGUGUCCAUCCAGGUGUAUGGGAUCACACUCACUCUGCUGCAGAACAAACAGGGGAUCAUCAAGGUGGACGGGUUAUCCCACAAUCUCCCCGUGAUAAUGGUCAAUGGGCAGCUCCGAGCAUAUCAGCACGGCACUAAUGUCCUGGUGCAAACCAACUUUGGCCUCACUGUGAGCUACGACCUGGUUUACCAGGCCAGAGUCACCAUCCCAGGAAGCUACCAUGGCCAGACAUGUGGCCUGUGCGGGAACUACAAUGGACAGCAGGAUGAGGAGUUCCUGCUCCCCAGUGGCAGGACAGCCCCUGAUGUAGCAGCAUUUGGCUCUGUUUGGGAAGUCCAGAUCCCAGGAGCAUCCUGUACAGACAGAUGUGCUGGAAACAGCUGUCCAGUUUGCGAAGAGAAGAAGAAGGAGGUCUUCAAAGGGCGCAACUCCUGUGGGCUGCUCACAGACCCCGAUGGCCCCUUCGCGGCCUGCCAUGGCACGGUCAGCCCCAGCGUGUAUUUCAACAACUGCCUGUAUGAUCUUUGCCUGGGCAUUGGGGAUGCACAGGUUCUGUGCCACAGCAUCCACAGCUAUGUGAUGGCCUGCCAAGAGGCUAAGGUCUUCAUCCAGCCCUGGAGGAGCGCCUCCUUCUGCCCUGUGAGCUGCCCAGUCAACAGCCACUAUGAGGUCUGCGCUGACCUCUGUACCACCAGAUGCACUGGAGACAUCAUGGACUGCCCGGAGACCUGUGCUGAAGGCUGCCAGUGUGACGAGGGCUUCUUCUUCGAUGGCCAGGGCUGUGUGACUCUGCAGAGCUGUGGGUGUUUCGAACAGGGGAGAUACUACAAGCCCAGUGAGACUGUCCUGAUGAACGAGUGCCAGCAAAGCUGCACCUGUGUUCCUGCCCGAGGGGUGACUUGCAAAGCCCACAACUGCACCAGUGGAGCAACCUGCCAGAUCAGAGAUGGCAUCAUGGACUGCAUCAGCCAAGUUAUUCCAAAGCCAUCCUGCAGUGUGGUCCGCUGCAGGGAAGGAACUAUUUGUAAGAUGAUAAAUGAGCAGCCAAAGUGUGUGCCAAUCUCUCGGGGCACGUGCUGGGCUGGGGGAUACUUUCAUUACCGCACCUUCGAUGGAUGGGCCUAUGAUUUCCAUGGCAACUGCACCUACACCGUGGCCAAGACCUGCAGGGAUGCCGUCGGCCUGCCCUCCUUCCAUGUCAUGGUCAAGAGCAAGAACAGUGGGAACACACAGGCCUUCUACAGUGGGUCGGUGACUGUCCAGGUGGAUGGAGUCACUGUCACCGCAGCCAGGGCUGAAGCCGGCUUUGUGUGGGUGAAUAACACCAGGGCCCACUUACCCAUCUCCCUGAACAACGGGGCCCUUCGGCUCUAUCAGAGCGGCACCUCCCUCGUCCUCCGCACCGACUUCAACCUCAGGGUGUACUAUGACUGGAACAACCACCUGAGGGUCACCGUCCCUAAUGACUUCUCCGACAGCCUGUGCGGCCUGUGUGGCAACUAUAACAGGGACCCUUUUGAUGACUUCCGGACCCCAGAUGGGGACCUGGCUCCCAGUGUUGCUGCCCUGGGGAAAAGCUGGGUGGUGGAAGAUGAGGAUCAGUUUUGCUGGCAUGAUUGCAUUGGAGGUUGCAGGCCCUGUGCCACCAACAUAGCCAGAAAGUACAAGGAGGAGGCCUUGUGCGGCCUUAUCAAGGUCUCAGAUGGGCCCUUCAGUCAAUGCCACACCAAGGUAGAUCCUACGGUCUACUUGGACAACUGCGUGUACGAUCUGUGCCACAACGACGGCUACAGAAAGGCCCUGUGUGAGGUCCUGAAGGCCUAUGCGGACGCCUGCCAGCUGGAGGGGGUCAGGAUUGGGGAAUGGAGGCAGCUGGCCAGAUGCCGUGAGUACAGCUUUGUAUGCCAAGGUCUACGGUCUGCUGGUUAG